AUUACAGUGGGUUCUGGAGGAGUGGCCUGAUGACAGAUUCUCAGAUUCCCCUGCUACUCGCCGAGGUGCGCGACAUGAUUAUGGGAAGCACUCUGGCCAAAUGUGCCGUCACCGACCUGGCCAUCCAAUGGGCCGGCUGGGCUCUGGCUGCAGCUUUCAGAACCGAGAAGUUUUAUGACUUGGCAGGCUCUGGCACAUUUAUACUACUCGCACACUUAAGUCGUAUCUGGGGAGGGGCCAGUAGUACCCGGCAGAAGGUGCAGACAGGGUUGGUGACAGCAUGGGGACUCAGGCUAGGGACAUUCCUCUUCAUGCGGAUCUUGAAGGACGGUCAUGAUCGCAGGUUCAACAAAGUUAGAGACAGCCCAGGGACAUUCUUUGUCUAUUGGACUGUUCAAGCCGUGUGGGUAUUUAUGACCCUUCUGCCCACCCUCAUGCUGAACAGUGAGAAGCGAAAUGUGCCUCUGGGAGCGAGGGACUACAUUGGCUGGACUGUUUGGGGCCUUGGCUUCGCUACAGAGGCUAUUGCUGACCAGCAGAAAUGGAUUUUCAAGCGUGACCCAGAUAAUGCUGGAAAGUUCAUCCAGAGUGGACUCUGGGCUUACAGUAGACAUCCUAACUACUUUGGAGAAAUCCUGCAGUGGUCAGGUCUCUGGCUCUCAGCUUCCUCAGUGAUGCACGGUCCACAGCAUCUCAGUGUGGUCUCCCCUCUGUUCGUCUGGUUCCUGCUACGUUAUGUCAGCGGUAUCCCCAUCUUAGAAAAGCAGGCCAUGAAGAAGUGGGGAUCUGAUUCAGCCUUCCAGAGCUACAUAAGGAACACCCCCCUUCUGUGGCCAUGGCCUAAAUCUUGAUGUCAUUUUUAUGUUGUAAUGUUGAAGCAUUGAACAGCAGUGACCUCUCACAAAGAAGCUAUGUGCAUUCAAGUCAUUGCAAAUGAGUAAUUUUGUAAUUUACUUUUGGUGUCUGCAUUUUUUUUUAUAUACAGUGUUUACAUAAAAGAUUUCAAUGUUAAAUAUUUUCUAUGGGCCAUGAUCAAUAUCUAAAUAAGUGCCAAGUACCCAAAUAGCUGUCAAGAGUAUAAAGUCACCUCUAUUUUCAACCCACUGCCCCCAUGUUUCGAGACUUCUGAAUGCUGGUAAUAAACUUUGACAUUCAAAUGUUAAUGGACCUCAAACUGGAAACACAACCACUCACUCACUCAGUGUGAACAAAAUAGAUGCUCGUUUAUCACUUUUAAGCCUAUAUUUGACAGCAUAGUGAGUGGGAGACACAGGGAGUGACCUGAGGUGGGCUUAAACCCAAACCCCAUUUGUCUUCUGUGGAGGGACAUAAGUCUGUGACCUGUACAUCAAGCUCUCUUUAGCA